AACAGAGCCCAACAGCCGCAUUAUAACGUCAGCCGUAAUUUUACCUUCCGAAGCGCGCACAGCCGCUCUGGCUCAUCUAAAAACUCGGGAGAUCGUCAGAAAAUUAAUUCAAGGCCCGGCGGGGGAAGCGGGAUCACACGAACACCAUAGGGCCGAGCACCGGGGAGGGGAGGAGCCGGGCUGACAGGAAAAGGGGCCGGAGCAACGCGCUCAGCCGGGCCGGGAGGGAGACAGGAGGGCGACCAGCGACUCAGGACCGCCCCCGGAGCGGCUCACCCGCGGCGGCAGCGCUGGCGACGAGGAGGCAGGUGAUUUUCCAUAUCCCGUGAUGGCAGGAGUAGAAAGCACAUUCACCAUCCUCUUAGGAGCACUGGAAGGUCUCACACUCGAAGACUUCCAAGAGUUCAAGACGAAGCUGUCGUACGUUGAUACCGAAGGAGGCUGGAACAUCCACAGGGAUGAGCUGGAGAAGGUCACCCAUCCUUCCACACUCAUCAGUUACAUGGGUGACAGCUAUGGGGAAGACACGGCUAUGGACAUUGCCAUUGGGUUGUUGGAGGAGAUGAACCAGAGGGACCUUGCGGAAAAAAUUCUCGAUGAGAAGGCGAAAGAGUACAAGCAGAAAUACAGAGAGCACGUGGCCAGAGAGUUCCUGCAGUACGAAGAGGUGAAUUCCUGCCCAGGGGAGAACCCGUCUGUGAGCGACCGCUACACCAACCUGACCAUAGCCAGGAAGUCUUGGAGUCAGCACGGGGACGAGCCUGGAGAUGUCAGCUCUGACAGCAUCACUGCACAAACGCUGUUUGAACCCAGCAAAGAUGGCCAAGGGCCGCGGGUCACGGUGCUGGUGGGCGCCACUGGCAUGGGGAAGACGAUGACGAUCAGGAAGGUGAUGAUGGAGUGGGUGGAAGGGACCCUCUGCACACAGUUUGACUACGUCUUCUGCAUAGACUGCAAGGAGCUUUCCCUCUCCAAGGAAGUGAGCGUGGUGGACCUGAUUUCAAGAUGCUGCCCUCAACAGCGAACAGCAGCUGGAAGGAUUUGGGGUCACCCAGAGAAGAUCCUGUUCAUCUUUGAUAGCUUCGAGGCCCUGGGAUUGCCCACGGCUCAGCCCAAGGACCAGCUGAGCACUGACCCCACGGAAGCCAAACCACUGGAAACCACCCUGCUGAGCUUGCUCAAGGGGACCGUCCUCCCCGAGUCCUCUGUGCUCAUUGCCAUGAGACCUACGGCUCUCCAGAGCCUGGGGCAGUGCCUGGAGGGCGAGCAUUAUGUGGAAAUCCUGGGGUUUUCACCAGCUGCAAGGGAGGAGUAUUUUCACAGGUAUUUUGGGAAUGACAGCAAAGCAGAUGCGGCCUUCAGGUUGACCAGGGGAAACGAGGUCCUCUACAGCUUGUGCGUCAUCCCCGCCAUGAGCUGGACUGUCUGCACCAUCCUCGAGCAAGAGCUGUACAAGAGGAAUCAGCUUCUCGAGUGCUCUAUGACCACCACGCAGGUGAUCACGUUCUACCUCUCCCGGUUAAUGAAGCACAGAGUCAGCAAUGCCCGGCAGAACCUGCAGCAGUUCCUGCGCAAGCUUUGCUCCUUGGCUGCUGAUGGCAUCUGGAAGCACAAGGUCCUCUUUGAGGAGAAGGAAAUUGAGGACCAAGGCUUGAAUCAGCCAGAGCUUCUCUCCCUCUUCCUCAGCGAGAAAGGUUUGAAGAAAGGCACAGACCAUGGGAACGUCUACGGCUUCAGCCACUUGCACCUCCAGGAGUUCUUCGCAGCGAUGUUUUACGUCCUGGAGGACCAGGAGGAAACGGUCGGUGACUCAGGGCCCCUUGCAAAGGACGUGAACACGUUGUUAGAAAGCUACCAUGCAUCCAGGACAGAUCUAAACUUGACAGUGCGUCUCCUGUUUGGCCUGGUGAGCCCCAAGUCGGUCAAGUACGCGGAUGAAGGCAUCGGGUGCAGAAUUUCAUUGCGACCUCGGGAAGAUCUGCUGAGGUGGCUUCAAACAAGGCACAGAGACCUUCCCCAUCCCCGCGAAGCGACAACGGUCGAGGAGCUGGACACUUUCCACUUUUUGUUCGAGACAAACGAAGAAAGCUUUGUGCAGAGCGUGUUGGGCAGUUUCACAGGAAUAGCCUUGCAGGACGCCAAGCUGACGCUGUAUGACCAGGUGGCUCUUUGCUUCUGCAUCAAGCAGUGGGCUGGGCUGCUCAGUGUCACCCUCCGGAGCUGCUCCUUCCACCAGCAGCAUCGCAGGCAGGAGCCAGCCACGGGCUUGCCCCGGCACUGCCGGCGGCAGGAGGAGCUGCGCUCACCUCUGCACCCGCUGUGCCAGGCGCUGGGGCACCCAGGCAGCUCGCUCCGGAGCCUCAGGUACAGCCCUGCCCCGGGGCACUGGGUGGGCACCUCCUUAGGGUGGGUGGCCGCGCUCCCCAUGUGCUGCAGGGCAAGAUAUGCCGAGCCCGGCCCUUCUCUGCCUCUCUCCUGCAGGCUGCAGUGGUGCGGGCUGACAGAGGGUGACAGCGAGGCGCUGGGGACGCUGCUGGCCACGCUCCCCAGCCUGGUCCACUUAGAGCUGGGCGACGGAGCGCUGGGUGACGACGGUGUGAGGAUGCUGUGCGCCGGGCUGCGCCAACCCGGCUGCCGCCUGCGUGUCCUGCGGCUGCGGUACACCCACCUCACCAGCGCCUGCUGCCAGGACCUCGCCGUGGCACUGGGCACCAGCACGUGCUUGGAGGAGCUGGAUCUGUCCUUCAGCACCGGGCUGCGGGAUGACGGCGUGAAGCUGCUGUGUGAGGGGCUCCGGCACAGCGGCUGCCAACUGCGGGCGCUGCGGUUGGGGAGCUGCAGCCUGACCGGCGCCUGCUGCCAGGCCCUGGUGGCGUGGCUUGGGGACAGCCACAGCCUCAAGUGCCUGGACCUGAGCGACACCGAGCUGGGAGCCGGGGCCACACUGCUGCUGCAGCACCUCUGCCAUUGCAAUUGCGAGCUGCAGGCGCUGGGGCUGAGCGCAUCCUCGCUGAGCAAGGACGCGCUGCGGGAGCUGGCUGCCCUGCGGGCGCUAAAGCCCGGCUUGAAGAUCACAGACCUCCUGGAACACGAGGCUCCGGAGACGGGCGCCAUGGCACGGCUGACUUUUCAGCGAGGGGUGUGGGCAGGCAGGGGGGCAGCUGCUCGGGGGCGGAAGGGGAUCCCCUCCUCUCGGGCAGCUCUUCCCAGCAGCAGGAGCCGGUGUUAGCUGCACCGCGCCGUGCUCUUGCUGCUGGUAACGUUCGCCCUCAGUGCCGAAGGAAGGGCAGCGAGUUUCCGAGCGGUUUGGGGGUUGGAAUAAAAAAGGGACGCGGAUGCUGAAA